CUCCCUGCCUUUGCUUUGUGUUCGGUUCACUGAGCUUUAUGUGAAAUGUCAAAGUGACCAGACUUGGGGCUUUAGACAAAACCACGGAGCCCAGUAGGAGCUGCUGGAGGGGGAACUUGGCUCAGAAGGGAUCUCGAUCUCUAGAGGAGGAAAACAGAGCUCUCCUGCCGGUCCCCUGCACACAACAUGCAGAUCAUCUGCACCCUGGCCGGCGCCCUGCUACUGAUCUUGCUGGCUGCAGAGCCCAUGCACAGCAUUUUGCUACCAGCAAAGGAUGCUGCACAGUUCCUGCGAAGGCCGAAAAGAGAUAAUAGCCAAUUCUUUGAGGAGACCAGGCAGGGCCAUUUAGAGCGGGAGUGUGUGGAGGAGAAGUGCAGCAAAGAAGAAGCCAGGGAAGUCUUUGAGAAUGAUAUGGAAACGGACUAUUUUUAUCCAAAAUAUUUAGAUUGCAGAAGAAGGUUUCCAGACAGAGAUCCUGCUCUCACAACAUGUAUACACAAUUUACCAGACCAGUGUUCUACAAAUCCUUGUGACAAAGUUGGCUCGUUUCUGUGUGUGGACCUGAAGGGAGAUUUUCACUGUUAUUGCAAUAAGGGAUGGAAAGGAAAAACUUGUAACAAUGAUGUAAAUGAAUGUAACGUCUUAAAUGGAGACUGCAGUCACUACUGUGUUAACGAGAACGGAACAUACCAUUGCUUGUGUCCAAGUGGCUACCAACUACUUGAAAACAACAAAACCUGUGAGGAUGUCAAUGAAUGCACUAAAUCACCAGGUAUCUGCGGAACAGCAGAAUGCAAGAAUAUGCCCAGUACCUAUGCAUGCCUUUGUGAAGAAGGAUACAAGUAUGAUGCAUUGACCAAAAGCUGUCAAGACAUAGAUGAAUGUAAAGAGGGCCGAUGUGAACAGACCUGUGUAAACUCGCCUGGCAGCUACACAUGCCAUUGUGAUGGUAGAGGAGCAGUUAAACUAUCUCACAAUAUGAAUACCUGCGAGGAUAUCUUACCUUGUGUCCCAUUUCUUACUGAGAAAAGUAUAAAGUCUUUGUACCUGGGCAGGAUGUUCAGUGGUGCCCCAGUCAUCCGUCUACGUUUCAAGAGAAAGCAACCAACCCGGUUCAUGGCAGAGUUUGACUUCAGAACCUUUGAUCAUGAAGGUGUCCUCUUCUUUGCUGGUGGUCAUCAGUAUAGCUCCUGGGUAGUCUUGGCUUUGAGAAAUGGAAAGCUGGAGUUACAGUUGAAAUACAAUGGAAUAGGCAGAGUGACCAGUAGUGGGCCACUUCUAAACCAUGGCAUAUGGCAAACGAUUUCUGUUCAAGAAUUAGAUCGGAAUCUUAUUAUAAAGGUCAAUAAAGAUGCAGUCAUGAGAAUUGCAGUGUCUGGAGACCUUUUUACAAUGGAUAAAGGAUUAUACCAGCUGAACUUAACAGUGGGAGGUAUUCCAUUUAAAAGCAGCGAGUUAGUCCAACCGAUAAACCCUCGCCUUGAUGGAUGUAUGCGGAGCUGGAACUGGCUGAAUGGAGAAGACACGUCUAUAGAGGAGGCUGUGAGGAUGAGCGAGAAGAUGCACUGCUAUGCGAUUGCUGCAAGAGGCUCCUUCUACCCUGGCAAAGGAUAUGCUCUAUUUAACAUUGAUUAUAGUGAGGAUGCUGAGACAGACUGGAGAAUAGAUGUUAGUGCUGAAAUAAAUCCAGCCACUGAUACAGGAGUGAUAUUUGCUCUGGUUUCAGAGGACAAGACCGUCCCCUUAUCACUAGCCCUGAUUGACUACCAUUCUACAACAAAAGUAAAACGGCAGUUUAUAAUUCUAUCUGUGCAUGAUGUGGUGGUGUCCAGUAUAGAAGUAAAUGUGUGUGAUUCAGAACAUUUGGUGGAGAUUUCUGUUAGUAAAGAUCACAUGAAACUUUCUUUUGAUGAGAAUCCUGGGCAGACAGAAUUUGAAAUUUCACAGUUAUCAACGAUUUUAAGGACAUUGAGUGACUACUUGCAAAUGGGAGUGAAGACAUAUGUGGGAGGAUUGCCAGAUGUUCCAGUGACAGCCACGCCAGUUACGGCAUACUACCAUGGCUGUAUGACCAUGAGGAUUCAGCAGGAGAAUUUGGACCUGGAUGAAGCUAUUUACAAACAUAGUGAUAUCACAUCCCACUCCUGCCCUCCCAUUAAGUCAAACAAAUAGGUUAAUCACUUUUGCAUAAAUAUUUGUUAUUUUUAACAACGUUGUUUGUUUUGUUUUUUACAUAAAUUAUUCUGACUUGCAGUAUUGUGUGUAUAGUUCCGUAAAAAAACACUGAAGUUAUGUAGGUCCUACUGAUUUUUAAAGCAUUGUUAAACAGUUGAUGGCAGGGAUGGGCGAUUCAUGAUUCUCUAGCUGUGUGCCUGAGCUGGAACUUUAGGUGUUGCACUUCAACCACAGCUAGAAGUUACAUGCCGCCUGCCCUUUUGGUUUCUGACAAUAUCCUGCCUCGUGGUUUGUAAAAUAUUUGUAAAUAGCUCUUUAAACUACUAUUCUUUUCCAGAACUUUGUGGCAAAUAGAUUUUUUUGUACAUCAAGAAACACGUCUGUUUCAAUGUACAAAUCAUAAUGGUUGUAACCCUUGAUUUUAUUUGAAUUUUUUUUUAUGUUUUUUGUUUUUUUAAUCGCCAACACUACUUUCUAAUUCAUAAAUGUAUGAUCAUAUAAAAUGUUUCCAAAACAUGUUUUAUAAUAAUGUAUAAUAAUCUGUUAUGUUACACAGUAUGUGAAUUAAUAUUAAAAUACUGGAAU